AUGUACGACUUUCACACCCACACUUUUUUGAGCGACGGCGUGCUGUCACCAAUAGAACUGAUUCGCCGUGCUUACGUCCGGGGAUACAAGGCAAUGGCGGUGACCGACCACGUGGGUCUGGGCAAUGUGGAAUACGUCAUCAAGACCUUGGUGAUAGAUUGCGAACUGGCCAGCAGGCGCUGGGAUAUCCUCGCGCUGCCGGGCGUAGAGAUUACGCACGUUCCAAAGGACGACAUCGACUUGGUGGCCCGGACGGCAAAGGAAAUGGGAGCGAAACUGGUCGCCGUACAUGGCGAAACGCCCGUGGAACCGGUGGAACCCGGUACCAACGAGGCUGCGAUCCGGUCCCCCUGGGUGGACGUGCUGGCCCACCCAGGCCUGAUUACAGACGAGGAAGCUCGGCUUGCGGCAGAGAAUGGAGUGAGGCUUGAGGUAUCGGCGCGGCGUGGGCACAGCCUGGCGAAUGGGCACGUGGUGAAGGUAGCGCGGCUGGCCGGAGCCGCCCUCCUGCUGGAUUCCGACGCCCACGCGCCUGAGGACCUGCUGACUCCGGAGCUUUGCCAGAAAGUCGCCAAAGGCGCGGGCCUCAAUGACGAUGAGAUCCACGCCCUAUUGCAGGACAAUCCAAGGGAGUUGUUGUCGAAGCUGGGCUUGGAUUCGUCCGUGCCUGCCUAG